UGUAUUUCACGUACCGCCUUCCUCGUACUGCCGGGCCGGGAAGGGGAAGUGACGUGAAUCCGGUGUAAUGGCGGUGCGGUGUAGCUCCAGGUGACAUUUGCAGACAAAAAAAGUUAAACUGUCAAGGAAUUCAUACCAUUUUCUACCUGUUACUUGGAACAACUUAAGGAGUCUUUGAUUUAUCAGAUCAGUUGGCAACAGAAAAUGAAGAGUAGCGUGGCACAGAUAAAACAUUCUUCUGGUCAUGACAGAAGGGAAAAUAAUAAUUCCUAUCAGAGAACCUCUUCUCCAGAAGACAGAUAUGCAGAACAAGAAAGAUCCCCUCGGGAUAGAGAUCACUUUGAUUACAACAGGUCAGACUAUGAGCAUUCAAGAAGAGGGCGUUCUUAUGAUAGUAGCAUGGAGUCACGAAGUAGGGACCGAGAAAAACGCAGAGAAAGAGAAAGAGAUAUGGAUCGUAAAAGGUCUCGGAAAUCCCCAACUCCUGGGAGAAGAAGCCCAGAACCAUCAGUAAUCCAGAGUUCCUCUGCUCAGGAUGAACCUACUGCAAAGAAGAAGAAAGAUGAGCUGGAUCCUCUUCUUACUCGCACGGGUGGAGCAUAUAUUCCUCCUGCAAAGCUCAGGAUGAUGCAAGAGCAAAUUACAGAUAAAAACAGCUUGGCAUACCAGAGGAUGAGCUGGGAGGCCCUAAAGAAGUCAAUCAAUGGUCUUAUCAACAAAGUCAACAUCUCUAAUAUAGGUAUUAUUAUUCAAGAACUUCUUCAAGAAAACAUAGUUAGGGGAAGAGGCCUGCUGUCCAGAUCUGUUUUGCAAGCGCAGAGUGCUUCUCCAAUCUUCACCCAUGUUUAUGCAGCGUUAGUGGCAAUUAUCAACUCAAAAUUUCCACAGAUUGGGGAACUAAUCCUUAAGAGGUUAAUUCUUAAUUUCCGAAAAGGCUAUCGAAGAAAUGAUAAGCAACUUUGUCUUACUGCUUCAAAAUUUGUGGCACAUCUUAUUAACCAAAAUGUGGCACAUGAAGUUUUAUGCCUAGAGAUGCUCACUUUGCUCCUAGAAAGACCAACAGAUGAUAGUGUUGAAGUAGCUAUUGGUUUUCUCAAGGAAUGUGGUCUCAAAUUAACACAAGUGUCACCAAGAGGAAUCAAUGCUAUAUUUGAGCGCCUCCGAAACAUUCUCCAUGAGUCUGAAAUUGACAAAAGAGUUCAGUAUAUGAUUGAAGUGAUGUUUGCUGUACGGAAGGAUGGAUUCAAGGACCACCCAGUUAUCCUAGAAGGCCUUGACUUAGUGGAAGAAGAUGAUCAGUUUACCCAUAUGCUCCCUUUGGAGGAUGACUAUAAUCCAGAAGAUGUUCUUAAUGUUUUCAAGAUGGAUCCUAAUUUUAUGGAGAAUGAAGAGAAAUACAAAGCUAUUAAGAAAGAAAUUCUUGAUGAGGGAGAUAGUGACUCAAACACAGACCAAGAUGCUGGAAGUAGUGAAGAGGAAGAGGAAGAAGAGGAUGAAGAGGGAGAAGAAGAUGAAGAAGGACAGAAAGUGACUAUUCAUGACAAAACAGAAAUUAAUCUAGUCUCAUUUCGUCGUACAAUUUAUCUUGCUAUUCAGUCAAGUUUAGAUUUUGAAGAAUGUGCACACAAAUUGCUUAAAAUGGAGUUCCCUGAAAGCCAAACAAAAGAACUCUGCAACAUGAUACUUGACUGUUGUGCCCAGCAAAGGACGUAUGAGAAAUUUUUUGGCUUAUUAGCUGGGCGAUUUUGCAUGUUAAAAAAAGAAUACAUGGAAUCCUUUGAAAGUAUAUUCAAAGAACAAUAUGAUACCAUCCAUCGCUUGGAAACAAACAAAUUGAGAAAUGUUGCCAAGAUGUUUGCUCACCUUUUGUACACUGAUUCACUUCCAUGGAGUGUUCUUGAAUGUAUAAAGCUAAGUGAAGAAACCACUACAUCGUCCAGUAGAAUUUUUGUUAAAAUAUUUUUCCAAGAACUGUGUGAAUAUAUGGGUCUUCCUAAACUUAAUGCAAGAUUAAAGGAUGAAACCCUACAGCCAUUUUUUGAAGGGUUAUUACCCCGAGAUAAUCCAAGAAACACUCGGUUUGCCAUCAACUUCUUCACUUCAAUAGGUCUUGGAGGUUUAACGGAUGAAUUGCGUGAGCAUCUCAAAAACACACCGAAGGUCAUUGUGGCACAGAAACCAGAUGUUGAGGCAAAUAAAUCCCCUUCCUCUUCCUCUUCCGCGUCCUCCUCUUCAGAGUCGGCCUCCUCUGCCUCUGACUCGGACAGCAGUGACAGUAGUUCAGAGUCUUCCAGCGAAGACAGCGGGUCUUCAUCCAGCAGUAGUCAGAGCUCUGCCUCAGAUAAAGAUAGAAGAAAGAAGGGACAAGGAAACACCAGAAGUAAGGAAGUAGAUAAAUUGAUCAGGAAACAACAGACCCAUGAUAGGAAACAAGAAGAAAGAAGGCCAGAGCAAAGGCAUCGGGAAACACGGACUGAAAGAGAAAGAAGGUCAGAAAAACAUAAAGAUAAAAAUUCAAGGGAUCCAAACUGGAGAGAUCCCAUAACAAAGUACACUUCAGAUAGAGGUGUUCCUUCUGAACGAAAUAGUUACAGUAGAAUCAUGAAUGACAGAGACCAAGAAGCACACACAGAUUUGGAAAAUAAGUAUGGUGAUCCUAAAAAGAAGAGAGGAGAGAGAAGAAAUUCUUUUUCUGAAAAUGAGCACAGACACCGAAAUAAAGACUGUGAAAAUGUUAUAAGAAAAGAUAGAUCAAAGUCAAGAGAAAAGAAUAGAAAACAUUCAGGUUCUAGAAGUGAUGAAGAUAGGUAUCAGAAUGGUGCCGAAAGGCGAUGGGAAAAAUCUAGCAGAUACUCUAAACAAUCCAGAGAAUCAAGCAAACAUCAGGACUGGCGAAGAGAAAAGUCUCCAACAAAGCAAAAAAAAUAGUUCUACAAAAUUACAGAAACUGAACAUGCCUUAUAUUCAGUUGAAACAAAUUAUUUUUUAUAUUAACGAACUUUAUAAGAAUUCUUGUAUAAAGUACUGGUUUGUAUUUGUACAUUUAAAAAUUUUUUCAUUUUAACAUGUUUUAUAAUUGGUACAUCUCAAGGCCCUCCACAUAAAAUUAUUUGAGAAGUUUCACCAGAGAGGGAUGUAAUUCUUGCUUAUAUUUUGUUAAUAAAAUGAUCAAAUGCUCAUUGAA